AUGAAGUUCGAUAUCAAAAAAACUUUUAGCAAUAGGACUGAUAGGGUGAAAGGGGUUGAUUUUCAUCCAACUGAACCAUGGGUCUUGGUUACCCUUUACUCUGGUAAAGUUGAAAUAUGGAAUUAUGAAACUCAACAAUCUGUGAAAUCUAUUCAAGUUACAGAGACUCCAGUAAGAGCAGGUAGAUUUAUUGCUAGAAAGAACUGGAUUAUUUUAGGCUCAGACGAUUUUAGAAUCAGAGUCUAUAACUACAAUACAGGCGAAAAAAUUACUGAUUUUGAAGCCCAUCCUGAUUACAUUCGUUCAAUUGCUGUCCAUCCUACAAAACCAUACGUUCUUUCUGGUAGUGAUGAUUUAACUGUCAAAUUGUGGAAUUGGGAAAAAGAUUGGAAAUUGGAACAAACUUUUGAAGGUCAUGACCACUUUGUCAUGUGUGUCGUGUUUAAUCCAAAGGAUCCAAGUACUUUUGCCUCUGCAUGUUUAGAUCGUACUGUCAAAGUUUGGUCUUUAGGACAAUCCUCUCCAAACUUUACUCUACACACAGGUCAAGAAAAAGGUGUGAAUUAUGUUGAUUAUUAUCCUUUGCCAGAUAAGCCAUAUUUAAUUACAUCAUCUGAUGAUUUAACAAUUAAAGUAUGGGAUUAUCAAACCAAGUCUUGUGUCGCAACUUUGGAAGGCCAUGUUGCUAAUGUGUCAUUUGCUGUAUUCCAUCCAUCUUUACCAAUCAUAAUAUCUGGUUCUGAAGAUGGAACUUUAAAAAUUUGGAAUUCAUCUACUUAUAAAGUUGAAAAGACUUUGAAUUUGGGUUUAGAAAGAAGUUGGUGUAUCGCUACCCACCCCACCGGCAAGAAGAACUAUAUUAUUGCAGGGUUCGAUAAUGGAUUUACUGUAUUAUCUCUAGGUAACGAUGUUCCAGCUUUAUCUUUAGAUCCAGUAGGGAAAUUAGUUUGGGCUGGUGGUAAAAAUGCUACUGCCAACGAUAUUUUCACUGCAGUCAUUAGAGGAAGUGAAGAUGUUGAACAAGAUGAACCUUUACUAUUACAAACUAAAGAAUUAGGAACAGUUGAUAUUUUCCCACAAACAUUAUCACACUCUCCAAAUGGUAGAUUUGUUACAGUGGUUGGUGAUGGUGAGUAUGUUAUCUAUACAGCCUUAGCUUGGAGAAAUAAAGCUUUCGGUAAAUGUUUGGAUUUUGUCUGGGGCCCUGACUCCAAUAGCUAUGCUUUAAUCGAUGAAUCAGGUGUUAUUAAAUAUUACAAAAACUUCAAAGAAAUUACAUCUUGGUCAGUCCCAUUAUCUUAUAAGAUUGAUAAAUUAUUUGGUGGUGCCUUAUUAAGUGCUAAAUCAGAUGGCUUCAUCUAUUUCUUUGAUUGGGAAUCUGGUACCUUAGUGAGAAGAAUUGAUGUAAAUGCCCAUGAUGUUAUCUGGUCUGAUAAUGGUGAUCUAGUAAUGAUUAUCAAUGGUAAAGAGAAUCGUUCCAGUGAAGAAGCAAGUGCAUAUGUCUUACUUUUUAACAAAGACUUAUACACUGAGGCAAUUUCUACUGAUGAGGUUGAUGAAGAUGAAGGAAUUGAAGAGGCCUUUGAUGUGUUAUAUGAAUUAAAUGAACCAAUAACAUCUGGUAAAUGGGUAGGUGAUGUUUUCAUUUUCACUACCUCUACUAAUAGAUUAAAUUAUUUUGUUGGUGGAAAGACAUAUAACCUUUCCCAUUAUACAAAAGAAAUGUAUUUACUAGGAUAUUUGACCCGUGACGGCAAGGUAUACUUGGCUGACAGAGAAGUACAUGUCUAUGCUCACAAAGUAUCUUUAGCAGUCCUUGAAUUCCAAACCCUUGUUCUAAGAGGUGAAUUAGAAGAAGCUAAGAGUAGUGUAUUACCGACAAUUCAAGAUAAAGAUUCUUUAACUAAAAUUGCAAGAUUUUUGGAAGGACAAGAGCUCUAUGAAGAUGCAUUAAAAGUAUCUCCAGAUAAUGACCAAAAAUUUGAUCUUGCAAUAAAACUUGGUCAGUUACAGUUAGCAUGUGAUUUAUUGGAUAAAAAUGACAAUGAACUUAAAUGGAGAUCACUUGGAGAUUCAGCAUUACAAAAAUUCAAUUUCAAAUUAGCUAUUGAAUCCUAUAUUAAGGCGCAUGAUCUAGAAUCCUUAUUUUUAUUAUAUUCUUCAUUUAAUGAUAAAGAUGCUCUAGUCCAAUUAGGUGAUGAUGCGGAGAAUCUAGGUAAGUAUAAUCUAGCAUUCAAUUCUUAUUGGGCAGCAGGUGAUUUAGUUGCUGCUAAAAAAUUACUAUUUAAGUCUGAAAGAUAUAGUGAAGCUGCUAUAUUUUCUUUAACGUACGGUUUACCUAAUGAUGACAUAAAGGAGAUUGUUAAACAAUGGAAAGAUAAAUUAAUUUUAGAUGAUAAAAAAGAAAUUGCCGAUAGAAUUGAGGUUCCUGGAGAAAGUUCUGAUUUCCCUGAAAUUUAUCGUAAUGAUGAGCCCUUAAUUGCCAUUGAUUCUGAAGUUAAUAGUGAUCAAGAAAAGACUGAAGAAAAAAAUGAAGAAAUAUCUUCUACAAAUGCAACUGAAAUAGAACCAACUAAAGAAGAAGAAAAACCAACUGAAAAGGAAGAGAACACAGUACCAAUAAAACAAGAAGACACAAGAGAAGAAAAUGAAGAAGACGUAUUUCAAGAUACUAGUAAUAAGGAACCUACACCUUCACAAGAAAAGACAGAUUAG